UACCGAUUUAAGUAGUAGGUGAAAAUCGAAGAAUCGAAGAAAUCCGAUAGAAUAGAAAAUCCGUCGAGAACCCGAUACGGUCUUAGAUGAUUUUCAAAUUGCUGGAAUCGUUAACGUUAGGAAAUAAUGUUCGAUUUAGCUGCAGUGUUUCGAAAUUGACCCCGUUUCUGAUUCACGUUCGCUGAAAUAUUUGAAUUCCGGUGUUUCGCACUUCGAGAAUCGCAAUAAUGUCGUAAGAUCGAGGCAAGAUGCUGCCCGAAACGAUAUUUUCGAUAAAUGUCGUUCUGGUAAAAUGGCCAACCCCACUGUCAACCAACUUCUCAUGUUUGAGUAUCGAUCGCAGUCGGUCCAGCAGUGAACUGGUGCGAGCAGAUUCGCCUUUAAUAUUCUGUUUACAAAGCAGCACACGCAUUUUAUCCUGGUUAACGAACCUAACGGGUUCGUCGCCGGAAUUGUCCAACUUAUCCUAACCUCCAGUCGCCCUAGGGUCGAUAGACAGAUUUCUGUCGCGGAGAGGAUGGAUCCUCUCGGAGCAGACAGUUACAGCGACGGAGAUACGGAGCGACGGGGAGCAGGACGCGGUCGAGGUCGCGGGCCGUGGACUUCCCCCUCGAACGAGGUUUCUGUAUUACGGAGACCCCAUGCUAUAUCCGGAGUACAAACCGCAGCCUCCACAGAUACUAAAGAUACAGAGCAAAGCAAGUCGGAUAAACCCGAUCAGUUUACUAAUAAUAUUAUACAGAAUUCAACGCUGUCCGUGCACGCGGCUGAGUUCUUUCCAAAGUCGUAUUCCAGGAAGCAACCGUUGAAACGUUCGGUUCAAGACAGAAUACAAAUAGCUCGUGAAAUACCGCUUCAGGCAUAUCAGAUGCAACAAGUACAAAAUCCUGUGUCCAACUACGAUACUUCUCAGCAUUACCAGCAGAUAGAUCAAGUGCAGCAGUGCGAUAACUUUUUGCAACAACAGCAAGCGAAGCAGCCCUCGAAUAUUCAGAAUUCCAGAUUGUUUGAUGAAGAUUUGGGUUACAUGCAUAUGUACGAGAUGUUGCACACAGAUCAAGAAAAUCAUUUCUUUGCACUGGUGAACAUGAAGGAAAAGCUGAUGAGCGUUAUACACUCCUUAAUAUUAAAUCCAGGUCGAUUCACAUCGAUUGUACCGCCGCUCAUAAACGACAUUAGUUUUUAUUUAAAAACCCCUUGUGAUCUUCAAGAAAUUAUAAAAGUGAUCAUUCAGCAGUCCAUAACCGAAGGUAACUUCCGGUACAGUGGUGCCCGACUAUGCGCGUCUUUGGACUCCGCAAUAUCGCCCACCCAGCAGAAGUUGUUCAGAGAAACUUUAUAUACUUUGUGUAAAAGCGAAAUGGAGAAUCACACUUCCAAUUGGAAGGAGAAAGAUGAUCACACGGAGGAGGAACAGAAGAAAUGCCAUGGACUGAUAUUAUUCCUAGCCGAACUGGUUAUUCAAAUGGAGCACACGACUACCUUUGGUUUGGGAGAUUUAUUAAUUCAGCUUAUCAUCAAUAUCUUAAAGAAGCCGGCGCCGAAUUCUGUGAAGAAUAUCUGCCAAGCCCUUAAAUUGGCAGGACACACUUUAGAAAAAGGCAAAGGAGGGAGUCGGAAAGAGAUGGAAAACAUGAUGCGUGCGCUGACAGAGCUCGUGACAACUGGUAGGGUUGACACGCACAUAGGACGAAUGGUGCACAGUGUUCACCAACUGAGAAAUGGUAAUUGGGGACACACUCCGACUGUGGAUUCUUCGGUGGAAUCCACGGAGAACACCGAUCAGAAUGAAGUUCUCGAUGAACCCGUGUUUUAUGGUCCUGACGGUAAAGUGUUAACCGCGGAAGAAAAUAAAUUUUUGGCGGACGUCGCCGACUGCACGACAAAUUUUGAGAAUUAUGUAAUAUCAGACGAUGAUUUCGAGGACCACGUGACAUGGACAUCGGCGGAAGACGACGAGAUAGACGCGGCGUACGAGGAAUUCUUGAAGCAUAUUCCCAAUAAAAUCAAGAAUCAAAACAAGGAAUAAUUAGAGAUAACAACGGCCUCUUAUAAUCAUCACUGCUAUCGCAUUUAAUACUCAAGAUCCAUGGAAUCUCAUAGUUGGAAGCUAUGAGCACUCGUGAAGUUUCAAUUUUCGAUUUUCAAUGACAUGCACGAACUAAGAAGCAAAAGAAAAAAAACGAAAAAAAAAAUCAAAUUUAACGGACAAU